AACAUGUCGAAAACUAGCAUGAUACCCGGCUUGGCUUAUCUGCCGGCGAGAGGAAAUCCGUCAAAAACCGCGGCGGGCUUUCUCGAGGCUAGGAGAAAAGUCGACGGUGCGGAAGGCCUGUGGAGAAUAGGAAAUAAACUUUACGACUUGGAGACCUUCGUGAAAUCGCAUCCGGGUAGAUCUGAAUGGAUUCGGCUCACGAAAGGAACCGACAUCACUGAGUUGUUUGAGAGCCACAUCACCGACAAGGCUGAACGGCUUCUACCGAAAUUCUACGCUCGCGAAGCUGCGACAUCGCGAUCGGUGCAUCCUUGACCUUCGGUGCCGAACGGCUUCUUUCGUACAUUUAAGACACGUGCGGUCGAGGCUUUGAAGAGCAUCGAUUUCCAUAAACCGUCCAC